AAAAUACUUGCAGGACAAGAUCACCAAGCAAGUGCCAACCACACCAUUUCUGCCAUUGCCACAAAGGAGACAACCCGCCACCGUUCGCCGCCCUAACUCCGGCGGUGGUAGACUGACUGGUGGCUAAUGGCUUUAGCUUUGACAUUGCCACCACUCUCACUGUCUCCGCCACCAACACCACCACUCAAAUCCCUCUUCUUCUCUCGCUGCUCUGCAACAUCUCAACAUCAACAGCAACAACAACAACAAAGCACCUCUUCUUCCCCACUCACUACCUUGAACUAUCGCCCCGCCGUUAUUCUUCCAGGAUUAGGGAAUAAUACUAGUGACUAUAAGAAGUUACAGCUUAUCUUGAAUGGAUACGGAGUGCCAACUGUGGCUGCCAAUGUUUCGAGGGUUGAUUGGCUGAGGAAUGCUGCUGGCUUGGUGGACCCCAAUUACUGGCGUGGCACCCUUUGCCCUCGCCCUGUUCUUGAUUGGUAUUUGAAGAGGAUUGAUGAAGCUAUCAAUGAAGCAAAGAAACUGACUGGAGGUGGAACUUUAUCUUUAAUUGGACACUCAGCAGGAGGAUGGCUAGCACGUGUCUACAUGCAAGAAUUUGGGUUGUCCGAUAUUUCCUUGUUAUUGACUCUAGGAACCCCCCACCUGCCACCUCCAAAAGGUUCACCUGGUGUUAUUGAUCAAACAAGGGGCCUCCUGAGCUAUGUUGAAAAACAUUGCUCAAAAGCUGUCUAUACUCCACAACUGAGAUAUGUAUGCAUAGCAGGGAGGUAUAUUCAAGGGGCUCGGUUCUUUGAUGAUUCAGAUGUGAAUUCCAGUUCUACAUUUCAUAUAGACAUUGACCAACCAGAAUCCAAGCUUGCGAUUGUAAAUGCCACAAGCACAUCAGCACCAGUUUCCCCUACCUUCCGCACUCGCUUCAUUGGUCAGGGAUACAAGCAGGUUUGUGGUCAGGCAGAUGUAUGGGGCGAUGGAGUUGUGCCAGAAGUAGCAGCCCAUCUAGAAGGUGCGCUCAAUAUUAGUUUGGACGGAGUAUACCACUCGCCUGUUGGCUCUGAUGAUGAAUCAAGACCGUGGUAUGGCUCUCCUGCCAUUGUAGAGCAAUGGAUACACCAUCUCCUUGACUAAUUACUUACAAGGUGCACAGAAGGAAAGAGAAAAUGGAGCAAUUCAUUUUUAAGUAAAUCCAAAUAUUCACAUUGUAUAUACUUUUUUUUUUAUUUUUCAUAUAAUACACCAUCUUUUUCUGUUUCUUAUUGUUUGUAGAACAGUUCUUGUACUUGAUUUAGUUGCAUUUUUUUCCGUAUAACAGAAUUAUGAUUCACUUUGUUGAUUUUA